AUGGCGAGGCACCUAGGCAGAAUUGAGUCUCGGCCACAUCCGCAGGUCGCCCCCCCUUCUUGCUCGAUGGCCAAAGUGGCAGAUAUGUCAGAAAAAGGCAUGCUCUCCUCCGGAACUCCUCCGGAGCCCAUUCCGUCCAGGACCCCGGUUUCGUACGCCGACCAAUGUGGGAGCGAGACGCCUGUCCGUACGAAUACUGUAAUACAGGCUCCUCGCGUGUCCCCCACAGAAUGUUUCGUUUCAAAGUGGGAUGGGAGUUGGAGCACUGCGGACCUGCACAGCCACCAACACCACACCACUGCGGUUAACACCACGUUUGUCCAGGAGGGAAAGUCUUGUCGGGAGGGCACGCAUCUUUGCACGGUCAGCAAGCAAGAUGGCAUGCCCGCCAUAUCACCCCACCAUCCUCUUUGGGCGACUCAGCCGCAACUCAGGCUGGUAUCCCUGCGAGCUUUCAGCAUCACCUUGGCUUCCCUUCCCGACCCCUCUCUUUCUUCCGUCUCCGAAUGCCGACCAAGGGGUGCGACAUGGAACGUUGCCAUUGCGAAGAAACUAGACUUGGCCCGCCAAACUCAGCUUUCCAGAAUUGCACUUCCGGGGCAGUACAUUCCGCACAAGAGGGAAAGCAAAACGGCGAAACAACGAAAAACAAGAGCAAUUUUGCUUCGUAUCAAGCGCGGAGCAAAUUGUCCCCUCUUCAUGCGUUGUAGCUGUCAACCCAUGCAACGCUUCAUGCGCCGCGAGCCUAGAGCCGCCAAGCUGCAACAGUCUCUUGUCGACACUCAGUUGACGAGUAAAGUCAAAUGCCUAACUCCCACGAUCUCUCAAGCAGGAGACUUUCAGCCUAAACUUUGUCCCCCUAAGCAACCUACCGACUGCGACCCUUUGUCCUCAAUAUACAGCAUAUUUCUCUUUACUCACUCAGCGCGGUGGCCCAACAGGAACGCGUAA